AUGGAAGGUCCCGGGUCCAGUGGGAAAGUACGUCAAACACAUUCCGAUCUGACCGAGAUCUGGAGCUUGUUCUCCCGCUUCGCACAGUGCUUCCAGAAACAGGGAAUCACGCAUGAUUCUGCGGCUGAUCGGGUGUUGGAACUUCGGGCGUCCGAGUCGUUGCAGCAUCAAUUGAUUCUGUGUGCUCUUGAUCAUCUGGGUUCGGAGUUUGUCCGGUUUUUGACCGUGGCCGUGUCCAAUCACGCGCGAGUGGCGAAACUCGGUGGUCUCCCCGGGACUCGUGCUCUCGUACGAGCGUAUUUAAAUAUAUCCUUGCCCACAAUGAACGAUUCCGCUUCGAACAACUCUUCCGUACUUCAGUUCCCGGAUGAAAGUGGAGUGGAAUACGAGGAUGGGCUGGUCGAUGGAGUACCCGUUUGGCCCAUGAUCUAUUAUUGCCUCAGAGCGUCUGAUGGACAAGCAGCAGUCGACGUUGCUCGAGCAGCCUCGUAA